AUGUCCGCCACCGCGACGGCCUCUCUCAAAUCUUCUUCCCAUUCUCACUCUCACUCACAAUCGCAUUCACAUUCCAAGUCGCACUCGCACUCGCACUCGCACUCUCGCUCCUCCCGCCCCUCGACCACUCCACGUACCCAACCUGCAGCCGCCUCGGUCGGUCAAUCCAUGCCACCUCUCCUCUCCCCAAACACCGCUCGAUCCGCGCAACCACCCAAAGAUGUCAAGAGCCCGAGUCCCAGUUACUUUGGAUUCGUCGUGGGCAGCGAUGAUACAAUACCGCCUGACUCCAACCCGGGCGCACAUGCUCGCCAAAACUGGACCUACCCCAACUCGGCUGUUCCGAACAACGCCCCGACUCCCCGUCAUAUCCCGCUUGAAUCCAAUCCAGAAUUUGAAGCCUUUAGAAGACAGUCGGAACAUAACCACAGGUUUGCUUUGAACACGGCAUUCAGACCUUCUCAGUCUAGGAACAACUCGACGAGUACUGCUUCCCGUGUUGACACCCCCUCCUCUCCGCACACAACACGGCCGUCGAUAGACAGAAACUUCAAGUCAUCCAAUGGAGGAUCAGCCGUGCAGCAGCAGGGCAGUCAGAUGGAAGAUGUCUCCUUCUUUGACAUUCCACGACAACAAUCACCAGGUCCCCUCAAUUCCCACCAUACCGUCGCCGACCACCAACACGCGCGACUGUCCUUACCCGAUAAUAGGAUCCGUACACCUCCUCUCAAGGCGGCCACCCAUGCUGCUCAUCGCUCCGACACGCUACCGUCGGCGGGAGAAAAAGACGCUCCUCCCAUCGUUUCCCCGUCCCAAAUAGCCGAGAUCCUCCAAAACCGCUCGGCGGAUUGUUUGGUGCUGGACCUAAGAGUAUAUCAACAGUAUGCCACGGCGAGGAUAAAAGGAGCUCUAAACUUGUGUAUCCCCACUACACUCCUGAAGCGGCCCGCUUAUAACGUCCAAAGACUCGCCGAGACGUUCUCAUCGACUCGAGACCAAGACACAUUUGCGCGCUGGCCGAAAUGUGCAUUUAUAAUAGUCUAUGACGCCAAUUCCUCCUUGCCGAAGGAGGCCGUUACUCCAUUAAACGUGCUCAAGAAAUUUACAUCAGAAGGCUGGUCUGGUACAGGGCUGGUGGUUAAGGGGGGGUUUUUGAAGUUCCAGAAACUGGCUCCGGAACUGGUUGAUAAUGGUCCUGUUCAAUCGGGGAAUGGGGCAUCUACACAACCACUGUCCAGCUCGGCCCCGGGAAAGGAUGCCCUACCGGUGGCCGGAGGCUGUGCGAUGCCUUCUGAAAAAUCAGCCGCCAAUCCGUUCUUCGGAAAUAUUCGCCAGAACAUGGACUUGCUGGACGGAGUUGGGCAGAUGCCGAUUAAAAAGCCUUCCGACAUGACAUCCGAAACGGAACGACAUAUGCCAGCGUGGUUAAAGAGAGCUGCUUCAAAAUCAGACGAUGGAAAGCUGGUGUCGGACCGGUUUCUCAAUAUCGAGAAGUCGGAGCAGCAACGCAUGCAAGAGGCUCUGACAGCCAAUGUGUCAUAUGGCACUCCACGGAGCGAAAAGCCACAAAGAAUCCAGGUUGCCGGGAUUGAAAAGGGCUCCAAGAACCGAUACAACAAUAUCUUUCCCUUUGACCACACGCGAGUUCGGUUGCAGAAUGUUCCCAGCGGGUGCUGUGACUAUAUCAAUGCGAGCCAUGUCAAGGCCGAGUUCUCCAACCGACGGUAUAUUGCGACUCAAGCGCCUAUUCCGGCCACGUUCAAUGAUUUCUGGCGCGUUGUGUGGGAGCAGGAUGUCCGUGUGAUAGUCAUGCUGACGGCGGAGGCGGAAGGAGGACAGGUCAAGAGUCAUGUCUACUGGAAACCCGGCGAGUAUGGUCCACUCAAAUUGAAGCAGCUUUCGGAGCGUCAAGUGAGCUUGGAAACCAAGAAAUUUGCCAAUAAACUUGCACCCACCGCCAGGCCUUCGAUGGCGCCCAGAAGAUCCACGACGGCUAAUGUCCCCGGGGAGAGAGGUCGAGACGAACCCAAAUCGCCGACGACUAAAAUCCCGACGGCCAUGGUUCGCCAUUUUUCCCUAAGUCAUUCGGCGUUUCCCUUUCAGCCAAUGCGUGAGAUCACUCAGAUUCACUAUGCGGAUUGGCCCGAUUUCGGAGCGCCCGCCAGCCCUCUGGAGCUGCUUGGACUGGUCGAACAGGUCAACAAAUUUGUCCGGGGAGCUGGGACUCCAUCCAAUAUCGUGGGACCAGACGAUGCGGCACCCGAAGGGCAACGGCCGAUCUUGGUGCAUUGCAGUGCAGGUUGUGGGCGAACGGGUACCUUCUGCACGAUUGACUCUGUCAUUGACAUGUUGAAGAGACAGCGGCUCUGUCACGAGGCUGGGGGGGAUAAAAUGGAUGUUGACGCGGGCGAUUGGGUGAAUCGGGACGAUGUUGACUUGGUGGCGAAGACGGUGGAUGACUUUCGACAUCAGCGACUGAGCAUGGUUCAGAAUUUACGGCAGUUUGUCUUGUGUUACGAGAGCAUAUUACAGUGGCUUGUGAUGCAAGAAUCGGAGCAGCAGCAGCAGAAGCGACCGGGACUAUCAGACCCAAGGAGGAGUUACCAUGGAUAA